AUGCCCUCAAACUGUGAUUAUAGUUUAUUCAAAGAAAGUUAUCCUACAGAAUUAGGCGCAGAUGCUUAUUAUUUUGUUACCAGAAAAUUUAUUGAUACACUAUGCCAAAUUUUUGUUGAGGCACGUGGUGACUGUACAGGUGCGUCAGCAGGUAUCGGGGAAGCUACCGCAUUAGAAUUUGCAAAAUAUAAUUCUAAACUCAUUUUAUUAGCGAGACGUGCUGAAAGGUUACAAAAAUUAAAAUCACAAAUUUUGGAAAAAUAUCCCAAUACACAAAUUCAUACUUGUGAAGUUGACGUAAGAAAUAAACAAGCAAUUGACGAUGUAAUCGCAAAUUUACCCCAAGAACUUAAAGAUAUCGACGUAUUAGUGAACAAUGCUGGAAUAGCAAUUGGAUUUGAAACUUUAGAAAAUCAAACACAAGAAGAAAUUCAAGCAACUUUAGAAACAAAUGUAAAUGGAUUAAUAUAUGUUACUCAAGCUGUUCUUCCUAGGAUGAAAGAACGCAAUAGCGGUGAUAUUAUUAUAAUGGGAAGUAUCUCAGGUCAACAAAGUCAUGGAUUUGGUAAUUCUAUUUAUUCCGCUUCUAAAUUUGAAAUUUGGAAAUCAUCUCAUAUUAGCUCCUUAAGAAAAGAACUAGUUAAAACAAAGGUCAGAGUUCUUUUGAUUAGACCAGGAUCUGUAGAUACUGAAUUCACGUUGAAUAGAAGUCGAGGAAAUCCCGAAUUUUCCAAAAUCUAUUAUUCUGGAUAUGAACCUCUUGAUGCAAAAGAUAUAGCCGAAUGUGUCGUAUUUGGUGCAAAUCGGCCUACAAAUGUUGUAAUUUCAGAAUUAAAUGUUCUUUCAAAUGCUCAAGCUGAUAUUGUAACUAUUCAUAGAGACAAUGAUUUUAAUCUCAUGGAAGCUUUGUCAGAAAAAUAUAAAAAUUAAAAUAUAUAUAAUGAUACCAGUGAAUACGAGAGAUAUUAUUUAUUUAUCUUUCUUAUCCAGUUGAAUUUCUACCUAAUUUAAUAAAUUAAUACUAAAAUAUUAAUUAGAAAAAUUACCUUUAUUUCUAUUAAUAAGACAUAUAUAUAUAUGUCAAAAAUAAAAUAAAAUAAAAUAAAAAAUAAAAAAAGACCUAAAACUCAAUAAAGAAUUUUUUUUGAACACGCUCCUUUUAUUAAGAAUGUUUCUUUUCAACAUUUUCAGAAUUUUCAGAACUUUCUUUAGAAUUCACUACUAUAAAAUGGUAACUAAUAAUUAAUGCCAUUAAAAUUGCUCCUAAUGAGUUACACAAGGCAGCAAGUGUUGUGUCUCUAAUCAUUUUUUGAUUUUUUUUUUUU